ACUAAAAACAGAACAUUGGUCACCAGUUUCUGAAACAAGAUGCUCAAUUGAAACUACAUAUAUCAUGGCAAAUUCUUACAUGCUUUUAACCCCACACGAAAUUUAGAAGCUAAAGACCAUCCACUCUAAUGGUCCAAGGUUGUAAAACAAUUAAGGCAGUGGUGGCCUAAAGGUGAAACACCAUGAGCAAACAGCAUUCCUUGCAAACAAGUCCAACCACUGAUAAGUUCUUUAAAAUAUAAUGGUGAAGAUUCCCCUCUAAUUAUAGCACAGACACACUUGUUUACCUGGUAGCAAGGGACCCUUGUGCUAAAUUGGCUAAUGUUUAACAGAGUAGUGUGUUGAUGAUGAAUCUCCCCAGUAACACUCAAACUAUCACACUGUACCUCAGGGUGAGUGAAUAAUAUCUGCCUGCUGUUUGGAAUUUGGGACAGUAUAUUUAUGCUUAUUGUAAAGCAGUCACUGAUAUUUGUGUAGAGAUAUUAUUUUUCACAAGAUCACUUUGUUAAAUUCGGUUUAUGAAGACUUGCACUGCUGAUUUUUUGGAAUUUGAAAUAAUGCCCAACAAAGCCCAAGAGGAUGCUGUCAUUAACCUGAAGACACUGCAGGAGAUUUCCAGUCAGCUCGGUUUUGAGUGGACAGUUUUGGCGUAUGAGCUCGGCUUCAACAGGACCGAGAUUGGGCGGUUCCACUCAAGAUCUACGGAGAAGAGUGUCCAGGCUAGGACCAUGCUGGAAAGCUGGUAUGAGAAGUCAUGGGACAAGCCCAAUAAGACCAAGCUGCUGCAGGAUGGACUGGAGCGAGCAGGCAGACGGGACCUGGCUGAGAGGCUGCGCUGCCUCCACUGGGGCCACCAGAAGCUGAGCCAGAGGGUUGAGUUGCCCUCUGCCUUCCCCUUCCUCAUCACAGUCCACAAGACCAUCCACAACCAAGACGCGCUACGUAGGAUCAACGACCUCAGCCGUAGAUACACUUAAAGCUGGGUGAAAAUGCACAUAGCUGUAGCUACGCCCAUAGUUCUUAUCAUACAAGCAUAUACUAGGCUAUACUGCACACUGUAAGUAAGCUGAAAUAAAUGUACUGAAUGUCACUGAUUAAACAAAUGAGAGGCAUGGGCCAUGUAUAUAGUCAUGCCACUUUUUGUCUUGUAAGAAAUUAAAGCUUUGCCAGUUUUUUGGACCCAUCCUGAAAUCCUUUUAUUCUAUUAA